AUGAGUAAUUAACACCAACACAUUCACAUCGAUAGCUAAGAGCUCACAAGAAAUACAUUGUAUAUUAUACGUGACAAGAGUUCUUGAUCUAUUUAAACUAUUUCGAAGAACAGGAUUCUCUCUUGUCCUAUCCAGCCACACUAGACACAAUGGAUUACAGCACGAAAAACUCGCAGCGCCCAUCUCACACCAAGAGUGCCUGGGACCCUGAUGUCGUACUCGAACUCAUACAUCCCAUGCGAGGGUGCUAUAGAUGCACUGGAUAUGCUCCCUCAAAGGGGAGGAGAUGUAUGAACCAGGUUGGCUCGUUUGGAAACGGACGAGCGAUGCUUGACAGACUCAGCAGAGGGGACAUCAAUGAAGCCAUUAGGUCUCCGGAUAUGGAAGACGCUGCGUGCUUGACGUUAUGCUAUCUACACAAAGACCAAGCCGGCGAUGUUUCAAGACGAUGGUUAUUGUUGUUAAAGAAAUGGGCUUCACAGAAUGGCAGAGCGCCAUCCGCCUCGAGAUACUCUUCAACAAAAGCAAAUUCAAGACCUUCCGUCGCGCCUACCUGGAAGACAGAGUCCGGAGAGUUUGAAAAUGUCCGAUUCAACCAGGAAGAUGAUCUUCAUCAAAGUAUUGAGGAUCUGCUUUCAGAGCAGCUAGGUCAAAAAAGCCACGAGAGCAAAAGACUGAGAGCGCAAUUACGACUUUUGGCCAAGAUACUGGCAGAGAGAGAGCGGCAAGAGCAGCUGAAGCGCGAGCAAGAAGCCUGUGAUGAGAAGGAACGGAUGCAGAAAGAGAAAGAAAAACACGAGCGCGAAGCCCGCAACAAGGCCGAAAGCGAACGAAAAGAACGAGAGGCGAAGAAAGAGCAGCGGGAGAGGACAGCUCAAGAAAAAGCUGCACGAGAAGCCGAAGCCUGGGCUCGGUCCUGGGAGCAAUACACUGAUGCGUGGGAUAAUAUUAAGAAUCCCAAAUCCAAACAGGUGAGCCGUACCAUUGGGCAUGCCCCGAGCAAUGAUGCUGGAUGUGUCAGUACUAAAUUGAGACUUAGUCCACUGUUGAAAGGGAUAUUCCUUGGCCCGUGAAAUCUGGGCGGUUCUUGGACGUCAGCGCCAAGAGUGUUUGGGAGUUCUUCAAGAGUGCGCCGCCCAAAGACUUAGUGGAUACUGCAGAAUGUAGACUCAAGUUCUUUAACGCGGAGAAUAGGAAGUGGCAUACAGAUAAAAUAUUGCAGCAGUUUGGGACUGACAUCAUGGAAGGGGAAUGUAAGGAGGCGAUGAACAUGAUUGCACAAGUGUUAGUCCAACUGAGACAAGCGGCACAAAGAGAUAGAAAGAGUUGACUCAUAAACUUAAUAUAUGUUAUUGUAUAUUUCCCC